UGGUGAGAGAUAAAAGCCUACACAUUGGGUACAGUGUACAAUGCUCGGGUGAUAGGUGCACCAGAAUCUCAGAAAUCACUACUGAAGAACUUAAUUCAUGUAACCGAACACCCCUUUUCUUACAAAACCUAUUGAAAUAAAAAAUGAAAAAGAAUUAAAAAACAGUGCAAAGGCUGUCUUAGCUCUUCUAAUUAUUUUGUCCCCCUGUUCUUGCCUCAAGCUUGUUGUUCAUUGGAUUUGUCUGUACCCCUGUCCAAAUGACAGGUAUGCUGGUUUCACAGUUCCCCAAUCAAAUUUUUGUUCCUGUAUGGUUCCUGACCUUCAGAAAAAUUCUUACACAAAAUGUUUCUCAGUUCUUGAUCCAUUAAUCCUCAGGCACAGUUAGACUUCUCUGAAUCCUAGGAUGAAAGCCCGUUAUUAGGCUCAAACUGGGACCAGGACCCGUAGGACAUGUGCCCUUUUGAGAAAAGAGAGGUCAAAUUGGGAAAUCCAUACAUUUAAUAAUGAUAAUUCUAUCACAUCUUUCUUUUGCCCUCUUCAGUUCUUCAUAUGACUGUGAAGAUUUGUGGAUAUGACUGUGAUUUGGGAUUAUUUCUUCUUUUCCCGAGAUGGAACAGUGAUGUGUACUACUGUGGAAUUAUAUGCUAUCUGGAUAUUUUGUUGGGAGCCUUCUUUGAAUCCUGGGGGGAGCCAGUCAUCUGAUGUGGUGCUUUUGAACCACUGGAAAGUGAGGAAUUUUGAAGUACACCGUGGUGACAUUGUAUCAUUGGUGUCACCUAAAAACCCAGAACAGAAGAUCAUUAAGAGAGUGAUUGCUCUUGAAGGCGAUAUUGUCAGAACCAUAGGACACAAAAACCGGUAUGUCAAAGUCCCCCGUGGUCACAUCUGGGUUGAAGGUGAUCAUCAUGGACACAGUUUUGACAGUAAUUCUUUUGGGCCGGUUUCCCUAGGACUUCUGCAUGCCCAUGCCACACAUAUCCUGUGGCCCCCAGAGCGCUGGCAGAAAUUAGAAUCUGUUCUUCCUCCAGAGCGCUUACCAGUACAGAGAGAAGAGGAAUGACUGCAUGAAUCUACCUGAGUUGCUGGCAUUGGGAUGCAAACCAAUGCCUCCAAAAGGGAAAAACUUCCAACAAUAUGAUGCUGUGUGAGAAAAAUUUACAGCACAUUAAGACGAUCUGUAUUAUUAAAUAAAUAAUUUUCAAACGUUAAAUAGUAUUAAAUGGCACCUGAUUUUGUGUUAAAUUUUAGUUCCCUGUUGUUUAAUGCCCCCAAAAUAUGUAGAUCUUUGAGAAUAUAAAAAUACUGUACCCACAUGUCUUAAUGGGGCUAAAUUUCAGAUUAUUUGUUACAUAUACUUAUUCUAUUGAUUGUUGGGUUUUGAUUUUGGUGCUUGCUGCUGAAAUAAAUUGAAAAUUAAUAUUCAAUAAAAAUGAUGUAUUUGCCACUUACUGUUAAGGUAGAACAAGAAGGAACACAUAUUAUACAUAUAAUGAUGGGAAUUAUAUUGUGAUUUGUAGUAUCUACAAAGUAGUAAUUGCCAGUUAGGAAGAACAGUAAACAGUGAUGUUAAAAUAAAACAAUGAUUUG